AUGGCUACUCAGCACGCGACUUCUUCGUCAUCCCACCUUGCAGUAGUAGCCUGUGCCCGAGUUGAUUCAGGAUGGAGAAGCAGCAGCAGUCAGAAAUAUGGAAACAGGACCUGCAGUCAUGAAACCCAGGUUCAAGCAUCUUCAGAAAAGUCACACAUAGAACCACCUAAUGGCUGUGAGGACAUGGGAUUCCUGGAGCUCUGUGUGGAGAUGAGUAGAGAGAGGGAACGGACCCGCCCAGAAGUGGUGGAAGAGCCACAGAAGAACCUUUACCCUCUCACUCCUGAGCUGCUGGUAUGCCUUCUCCUUUCCCAAGGUGUCUGCUGGAGUUUUCCCAUCAUGCCCUGUGCCCUUAUCACCAUCCCAGCAUCCGAAAGAGGGAGAAAGAUUGAAUCCGCUCUGAACCUGGGGAGAACUCUGGACUCCGACUACGCUCCCCUCCAGCAGUUCUUCGUGGUGAUGGAGCACUGCCUGAAACACGGCCUGAAGGCUAAGAAAACCUUUCUUGGACAAAAUAAAUCCUUCUGGGGGCCUCUAGAAUUGGUAAAAAAGCUUGUUCCAGAAGCUGCAGAGAUAACAGCAAGUGUUAAAGAUCUUCCAGGACUUAAGACACCAGUAGGCAGAGGAAGAGCCUGGCUUCGUUUGGCAUUAAUGCAAAAGAAGCUCUCAGAAUAUAUGAAAGCUUUGAUCAAUAAGAAGGAACUUCUCAGUGAAUUCUACGAACCCAAUGCCCUCAUGAUGGAAGAAGAAGGAGCCAUAAUUGCUGGUCUCUUGGUGGGUCUGAAUGUCAUUGAUGCCAAUUUUUGCAUGAAAGGAGAAGACUUGGACUCUCAGUUUGGAGUUAUAGAUUUUUCAAUGUAUCUCAAGGAUGGGAACAGCAGUAAAGGUAGUGAAGGAGAUGGCCAGAUUACUGCAAUUCUGGAUCAGAAGAACUAUGUAGAAGAACUCAACAGACACCUAAAUGCUACGGUAAACAAUCUUCAGGCAAAAGUGGAUGCGUUAGAAAAAUCCAACACUAAACUGACAGAGGAGCUUGCAGUUGCAAACAACAGGAUUAUUACCUUACAAGAAGAAAUGGAACGAGUUAAAGAGGAAAGCUCCUACAUACUGGAAUCCAGUCGGAAGGGUCCUAAGCAGGACAGAACUGCAGAAGGGCAAGCACUGAGUGAAGCCAGAAAGCAUUUGAAGGAGGAGACACAAUUGCGACUGGAUGUGGAGAAGGAACUGGAGAUCCAGAUCAGCAUGAGACAGGAGAUGGAGUUGGCUAUGAAGAUGCUGGAGAAGGAUGUCUGCGAGAAGCAGGACGCCCUGGUGUCUCUGCGGCAGCAGCUGGAUGACCUCAGGGCUCUCAAGCAUGAACUUGCCUUCAAGCUGCAGAGUUCAGACUUAGGAGUAAAACAGAAAAGUGAACUAAACAGUCGUUUGGAAGAGAAGACUAAUCAGAUGGCUGCUACCAUCAAACAACUCAAGCAAAGAUUGCGCCAGGCUGAGCGGGGCCGCCAGUCGGCCGAGUCAGAAAACUGGCUCUUCAAGCAGGACUUCGGAGACAAGAUAAACAGUCUGCAGCUGCAAGUGGACCAGCUCACCAGGCAGCGGCACCAGCUUGAGUUAGAACUAAAACUGGAAAGAGAAAGAAGGUUACAGAACAACAGGAGCAUCCCAGGAAAGGGUCCUCAGAAGCCACAACCCAAAAUGGACGGGAAGCACAGAAUUCAAGAGGAAAAUGUUAAACCAAAAGAGGCCCUGGACGAAAGCCACAGGCUGCCGUCUCACCCUGUGGAUGAACAGAAUCAGCUGCUGCUCUCUGAGAAGCCACAGACGUGUCAGCUAUGCUGGGAAGACGGCAGCCGAACCAAGAAUGUGUGUAAGAACUGCAGAGGGAUCUUCUGUAAUGCCUGCUCAACAAACGAACUGCCUCUUCCUUCAAGUAUCAAGCCUGAGCGAAGAGAAAGAGGGAGAAAGAUUGAAUCCGCUCUGAACCUGGGGAGAACUCUGGACUCCGACUACGCUCCCCUCCAGCAGUUCUUCGUGGUGAUGGAGCACUGCCUGAAACACGGCCUGAAGGCUAAGAAAACCUUUCUUGGACAAAAUAAAUCCUUCUGGGGGCCUCUAGAAUUGGUAAAAAAGCUUGUUCCAGAAGCUGCAGAGAUAACAGCAAGUGUUAAAGAUCUUCCAGGACUUAAGACACCAGUAGGCAGAGGAAGAGCCUGGCUUCGUUUGGCAUUAAUGCAAAAGAAGCUCUCAGAAUAUAUGAAAGCUUUGAUCAAUAAGAAGGAACUUCUCAGUGAAUUCUACGAACCCAAUGCCCUCAUGAUGGAAGAAGAAGGAGCCAUAAUUGCUGGUCUCUUGGUGGGUCUGAAUGUCAUUGAUGCCAAUUUUUGCAUGAAAGGAGAAGACUUGGACUCUCAGUUUGGAGUUAUAGAUUUUUCAAUGUAUCUCAAGGAUGGGAACAGCAGUAAAGGUAGUGAAGGAGAUGGCCAGAUUACUGCAAUUCUGGAUCAGAAGAACUAUGUAGAAGAACUCAACAGACACCUAAAUGCUACGGUAAACAAUCUUCAGGCAAAAGUGGAUGCGUUAGAAAAAUCCAACACUAAACUGACAGAGGAGCUUGCAGUUGCAAACAACAGGAUUAUUACCUUACAAGAAGAAAUGGAACGAGUUAAAGAGGAAAGCUCCUACAUACUGGAAUCCAGUCGGAAGGGUCCUAAGCAGGACAGAACUGCAGAAGGGCAAGCACUGAGUGAAGCCAGAAAGCAUUUGAAGGAGGAGACACAAUUGCGACUGGAUGUGGAGAAGGAACUGGAGAUCCAGAUCAGCAUGAGACAGGAGAUGGAGUUGGCUAUGAAGAUGCUGGAGAAGGAUGUCUGCGAGAAGCAGGACGCCCUGGUGUCUCUGCGGCAGCAGCUGGAUGACCUCAGGGCUCUCAAGCAUGAACUUGCCUUCAAGCUGCAGAGUUCAGACUUAGGAGUAAAACAGAAAAGUGAACUAAACAGUCGUUUGGAAGAGAAGACUAAUCAGAUGGCUGCUACCAUCAAACAACUCAAGCAAAGAUUGCGCCAGGCUGAGCGGGGCCGCCAGUCGGCCGAGUCAGAAAACUGGCUCUUCAAGCAGGACUUCGGAGACAAGAUAAACAGUCUGCAGCUGCAAGUGGACCAGCUCACCAGGCAGCGGCACCAGCUUGAGUUAGAACUAAAACUGGAAAGAGAAAGAAGGUUACAGAACAACAGGAGCAUCCCAGGAAAGGGUCCUCAGAAGCCACAACCCAAAAUGGACGGGAAGCACAGAAUUCAAGAGGAAAAUGUUAAACCAAAAGAGGCCCUGGACGAAAGCCACAGGCUGCCGUCUCACCCUGUGGAUGAACAGAAUCAGCUGCUGCUCUCUGAGAAGCCACAGACGUGUCAGCUAUGCUGGGAAGACGGCAGCCGAACCAAGAAUGUGUGUAAGAACUGCAGAGGGAUCUUCUGUAAUGCCUGCUCAACAAACGAACUGCCUCUUCCUUCAAGUAUCAAGCCUGAGCGAGUCCUGCAAUCCCUGCCACGAGCAUCUGAUGAGACAGUAUUCCACCAGCCCAUCGUAAGACUGGAAGCCGAGACCUGGACCAGUGUCUCCACCCGUGUUAGAUGUCAGGAUCUCCUAGAGCCCAGAACUUAGAGUCAGCUCCAACAUUGAUAGGAAUGGUUUAAAUAAACCUGGUCCAGGGAGAAAAGGCAGUGGUUGGGGGUGCUGGAAGGUUUGCUCAGUUGCCCUAAUGACUGUAGGA